AUGGUCCGGGGUGACGUGGGGUGGAACACAACUUCAGGAGGCAUUCAAGCAAGUUUGUCCUCCCAGCAUCUACCAGCGGCGGCUUCUAACAGCAUCAAUGACGCCAAUGAUGUCCUGCAUGCACUCAAUCCUAAUCCGAUGCACGUGCCAAACGUCCAGCAUCCUGCAGCGCACGAGAACGAGCUCAGGAAUGUAGAGAAGAUCACGUUUGGCGGGUACGGAAAAAGAAAGGGAAAAUUCCUAAGUAUCACCGGAGUUGCCGUGUCUGCUGACAAUGAGAUAUUUGUGACUGAUGGUAAGAACCAACGAGUCCAGGUCUUCAGCAUAGAUGGGACCUUACUCCGCUUGUUUCCAACCAUCGUGCCAGGUGAAAGUACGAGAAUGCACCCUCAUGGUGUUGCUAGUGACGUGGAAUCUGGCUACCUGUGGGUACUGGGGAAGAGCUCGCGCUCCAAUGGACAUGUCGUACAGUACAGUAAGAACGGACAGCCCAUCAAAAAGUUUGACGUAAGCCUCAAGAGCUUCUAUCCCGUCAUCGCGAUGAACGUGCGCAACAAUAAAGUUAUCGUGGGAGACAAAACAACCAUUAUGAUGUUUGAUCCAAACGGCUCUCGCAUUUGGAGUUCAAAAGUGCCUACAGAAGACGCGAUCAGGGGAGUCACAUCGGACAAGGAGGGAAAUGUCCUGCUGACGGAUUGGCAUAAAACCAUCCAGAAGUACAAUUCCUCCGGAGUAAAGAUACUUGAAUUCGGCACCUGUGGAAAGGUGGAGGGGCAACUGAACUCUCCCGUUGGUAUUUGUCUUGACACCUCUGGUCGCAUCAUUGUGGCGAACAAUAUGAACCACCGGGUAGACAUUUUCACAAGCCAGGGCAAGUUUGUCGGCACCAUCGCGAAAAUUAGCUACCCGUGGGCUGUCGCUAUGGGACCACGUGGAGAGUUGGUGGUGACUAGCCCAUAUAAGGUUACUAUCUUCCCACGGCACAUGGUGCUUCCUUGA